AUGCCAGCCCACCGCCAAGUUGAGGGAUUUAAACCUACUGCCCGUAUGAUAUCAGAGACUGUUUCUUUCUUGAAACACCUCAAAGAGAUAGAUUUGCCUCUUAAAGAUGUAUUACUUACUUUGAUCCUGGGUGUCGAUGACAACGAUGAACUCGCCACACUGCGACGAUACUGGAGCUCCAACCGAGGUUGGCCUUCAACGUUGAACAUCCUGAUGGCCUUCAAGAAGGCGGUCGUUACUUUGACGUAUGCUGAUUUGGCCACCCAUGAUGGAAAACCUUGUCAUUUUAUUUCACAGGCUACGAAAAUAGUUGCCGCAGAGAGCAGGCCACGCUCAGUCUUUGGACCUCCAACCCCAGCACAUAGGAUCACUCAUUCGUUCUUUGGUAUUGCUCGCACCGCUGAACGCUAUGCUGCUCUCAAGAGAGGAACCGGUUUCCUAUGGCAUCUGAUCCGGGGUAGUAUUGGCCGUUAUCGUCAAGUGGAGGGGAUAGAUGAGACAGCCUAUCUGAUUGACCCUCCAACUGUGUCGGAGUCUGAAGCCGCGCCUAGCAAUCCGGCUCAGUCGUCAAACUUUGCAGCUGCCCACGGCGAUGAACUCUCUGAGGUUACAGUCAUGGAUACUGACAAAGUGCAAAAAGACACUAGUGAUUCUUCUAGCUCCUCCGAAGAACCACUUGUUCCGUUGAUUGAACCGGAUGUUCAACAUGGAAAUGAUGAAGAUGAAAUGAAAGAGAUUGAGGAAGAAUUGGAUUGGGGAGAUGAAGAAGCUGGAGUUAUUUAUGUUGAUUCAGUGGAUCGCAAACAAUUGUGGACCACACGGGCAACCAAUGUUGCAAACACAGGGCAAGCAGCAGGUUACACCACUAUUUACAUCAUAUCGGUCUAA